UGGGGGUUUCUGGUUCCAGGGGUCACUGUAUUUAGCCCUUUCCUUGCGAAGGCUUGAGGACCAGGCCAUUCUGCCAGGGUUUUUUGCAGGGUUCCCUAAGGGACACAUUGGUGGCGGGGGCGUGGCAGCCGGACCUUUUCCUUGCUGACGCGACGGUGCGGGGGAUUACAUAUCCUCGCAGCCAGCCGGGCUGGCCCUCGGAAGGAGCCUUAAACGGCCGAGCUCAUCCUGCCCGGUGCCGCUUCACCGUGCCUUGGUAGCUCCGUUCUCGGAGGUACACGGUCUGGUCAAAUGUUGCCAUUCAGUCCUGGGACUUAGCGUCUGUGUGGGUCCGGCAGCUUAUUAGAAGUUCCACAGUGUCCAGAAUACCGCACGGGUGGCCCCGGGGGCCUACUUGUUGGACGCUCGCGGUCCGCCAGCUUCCCUCCUCCACCUGGAUGUCGACGCGGGACUGGGUGGGAUAGAUGCUUCUAAUAGCUCCGUUCCAAGAUGAAAAUUUAACAAGUGUUUCCUCGGUAAUGCGUGAGAGGCGAAGGAUUCGAAAGGUGUGCAACGAGAUAGUGAUACUUCAAAAGAAUAUGACAUCGGCAUUUACUCUUAGGCUUUUAAAAGCAUUUUACGUCUGACUUGACGUCUCUUAAUUACAGCACUCAAUGCCAUGGCUAGUCCAGGGAAAGAUAACUAUAGAAUGAAAAGUUAUAAGAACAAAGCCCUAAACCCCCAAGAGAUGCGCAGACGAAGAGAAGAAGAAGGAAUACAGCUUCGAAAACAAAAAAGGGAAGAACAGCUGUUCAAACGCAGAAAUGUCUCUUUGCCCAGAAAUGAUGAAUCUAUGCUAGAAAGUCCAAUCCAGGAUCCAGAUAUCAGUUCCACUGUACCUAUUCCAGAGGAAGAAGUUAUCACCACAGAUAUGGUUCAGAUGAUUUUUUCUAAUAACGCUGAUCAACAGCUUACAGCAACACAGAAAUUUAGAAAGCUGCUUUCUAAAGAACCUAAUCCACCAAUUGAUCAGGUUAUACAGAAACCAGGAGUUGUACAGAGAUUUGUGAAAUUUCUUGAAAGAAAUGAAAAUUGUACUUUACAAUUUGAAGCUGCAUGGGCAUUAACUAAUAUAGCAUCUGGAACUUUUCUGCAUACCAAGGUAGUGAUUGAAACUGGAGCUGUUCCAAUUUUUAUCAAACUUCUUAAUUCAGAACAUGAAGAUGUGCAAGAACAGGCUGUUUGGGCACUUGGCAAUAUUGCUGGUGACAAUGCCGAAUGCAGAGAUUUUGUUUUGAAUUGUGAAAUACUUCCACCUCUUUUAGAGUUAUUAACAAAUUCAAACAGACUAACAACAACCAGAAAUGCUGUAUGGGCCCUCUCAAAUUUAUGUAGAGGGAAAAACCCUCCUCCAAACUUUAGUAAGGUUUCACCUUGCUUAAAUGUCUUGUCACGAUUAUUGUUUAGCAGUGACCCAGAUGUAUUAGCAGAUGUGUGCUGGGCCCUUUCUUAUCUCUCUGAUGGACCCAAUGAUAAAAUUCAAGCAGUCAUUGAUUCUGGAGUCUGUCGAAGAUUGGUGGAACUUUUGAUGCACAAUGAUUAUAAAGUUGUAUCACCUGCAUUAAGAGCAGUUGGUAAUAUUGUGACUGGUGAUGAUAUUCAAACACAGGUAAUUUUGAAUUGCUCUGCAUUACCGUGUCUCUUACACUUGUUGAGUAGCCCAAAGGAAUCAAUCAGAAAAGAAGCCUGCUGGACUGUUUCUAAUAUCACUGCUGGAAAUAGAGCUCAGAUUCAGGCUGUUAUAGAUGCAAAUAUUUUUCCUGUUUUGAUUGAGAUUCUUCAGAAAGCAGAGUUUCGCACCAGAAAAGAAGCAGCUUGGGCUAUAACUAAUGCAACAUCAGGAGGCACUCCAGAACAAGUAAGGUAUUUGGUAGCCUUAGGUUGCAUUAAACCCCUUUGUGACCUAUUGACUGUUAUGGAUUCUAAAAUAGUCCAAGUGGCUUUAAAUGGACUUGAAAAUAUUCUACGUCUUGGAGAACAAGAAUCUAAGCAAAAUGGAAUAGGCAUUAAUCCAUACUGUGCUCUCAUUGAAGAAGCAUAUGGUCUGGAUAAAAUUGAAUUUCUGCAAAGCCAUGAAAAUCAGGAAAUUUACCAAAAGGCUUUUGAUCUGAUUGAACAUUACUUUGGUGUAGAAGAAGAUGAUCCCAGCAUUGUACCUCAGGUGGAUGAAAAUGAACAACAGUUCGUGUUUCAGCAGCAGGAAGCACCAAUGGAAGGGUUUCAACUUUAACUUGGUGGGGGAAAAAUUAAUGGCUAAAAAGGGUAGUUUCAGAUAUCUCUUCUUUGUUACAGUGUCAGUAGGAAUGUUUGGUGUGUUUUUACUUAGAACAGAAAAGAAAAAGUUGAUGCACUUUUAAAAAGCAAAACAAAAGUUUCCAUUCGGAUGCAAUCUUUUGUUAUAGUUUUGUUUUUAUUUUGGUGUACCUGUAUUUGUGUUUCUGUUGUUUUAUCUAUUUUUUGUAUCUACUUGUGAACAAUUAAAUACAUAUAAAAUUAUUUAAUAACUUAAGCUUGAAAAGGAGAACUUUGGUAAAGUAUUACAUAAUGGUUCUGAAUUUUUUCUAGCAUCUUGGAAACUGCGCAUUAGCAGUUUUGCGUUAGCAGAAUUGCAUUCUGGCAGUAAGUCUGACAUGCCCAAUCUAUUAAAUCUACCUCUAUCUUGAAGCAAAAACAAAAAAGCUUCAGAAGCAUGAAAUAGUGUAAAAGCUAAAUUAGAAUGUGAAAAUAUCUGUUACCUUAAAUUAUAAAUCACUGUGCUGUAGGUUAUACUUUGCAAAAAAAAAAAAAAAGUUACAACAAAAAACCUGUAAAAUUUGUUUAUAAAACAUAGAAGUAUUGUACUGAUAAUCAAUUAAAAUGUGGCAAUUGUGAAGAGAAAAGCUGUUCUUCAUGUUGAACACAUUACAAUGAUUACACAACAUUUAAAUAUUUGUUUUUAA